GCGCGGUGCUUGCUUGGCCUUGAUGCGGGGUAACACGUGAGCGUGCCGCGAGACCGCGACAUAGCCGCGACGCGCUCGCUGCGAACGUUGCUCGGAGCGGUGCGCUCCAAGCAUUGGCCCGCAGUAGCGGACGCCUCUACGUCUCUAGCCACCACUGCCUGUAUGCUCACCCUGCCUGGCCGAGCCCUUGUUUCGUCGUGAAGCUUGAAGUCUGAGCUACUAUCAGUAUAUCGUCUCAACUGGCAUGCCCGCUGGCUCACCAACGCCAUGGUCGUACUUCUUCAUCAGACUGCUGUUCAAGUUUGUGCUCAAGAUAUUCUACGGCACCAUAGUAGUCGAGAAUGCGCAGGUAAUACCGCCUAGGGGCAAACCAUGCAUUGUAUGCGCUAACCACAGCAACUCUCUGACCGAUGCUCUUCUUCUGGUUACCACAAUUCCGCACAAGAGGCGAAACCUUCUGCGUCUCACAGCCAAGUCGACGCAAUUCGGCAAGAAAACAUUCACCAGCUGGUUGAUAGAGUCUGCUGGUACCGUACCCAUCAAGCGACGCCAAGACUUCCCUAGUGGCGAUGCGGACAAUACAAAUGUCAUGCAGCACCUCAUCGAGGCUCUGGAGUACGGGGAUGCUGUUUGCUUGUUCCCAGAAGGCAUGAGCCGGUACCACCCGACUAUUGCUCCGCUCAAGACUGGAGUUGCUCGCCUCGUCUCUGAUGUACUGUCACGCAAUCGACACAAUCCCGACUUUGAGAUGUUCGUGCAGACGUGCUCAAUCACUUACAUGCACCGACAACACUUCCGGUCAGACGUGUUGGUCACGUUCCACGAGCCUCUGAGGUUCACUCCCAAGGACAAUCCUGAACUUCUCGUUCCCGUGAAUUACGAAGAAAUUCGCUCUCUCACAGCAAAGAUGCACCAGCAAAUUAGCCUCGGUACCCUCGACGCGCCCUCCUGGAAAAUGACCCGAAACGCGAAGCUCGCGGCACGCAUAUAUGCACCACUAGGGACGACGAUGAGCUUGGGUGACUACGUGCGCGUUGUGCGGACGUUCCUGGAAGCGUUCAAGCUUUCGGAUCGCCCCAUAUCCGAGAAUCACAGCGGUAGCGAGGGUGAGGCUGUGUGCAAGGAGAAUAACGAAGGCGCGAUACGAGAGGACGAGAGGAUCCGACAACUGGCUGAUGACCUCAAGGACUACCAAGACCAACUCGCCCGCCAUGGCAUCAAAGACGACCGCAUCCGCCGACCAAUCCCAACGCAUAUCAUCCUCUACCGCAUCAUCGUGCGGCUCGCCUGGUUCGGCUUCCUCAUCACCAUCUCGCUCCCCGGGCUGCUCCUCUGGCUGCCCGUCUUCCUCACCACCUUCGUCGCCGUCUCGCGGUUCAAGCGCACCGGCCCGAUCUGGGACACCUGGGACGAGAUCGCGCAGUACAAGCUCAUCUACGGGCUGCUCUCCGGGCUGUGCGUCUGGGGCAGCGCCACGGUGCUCACGUUCCCCUUCGCACCGCUCACCGUGGUGCUCGUCCCCGUCGCGAUGUGGAUGGCGCUGCGCUGGCUCGAGGACGCCGUCUCGGCGUUCCGCGCAUUUGCGGUGCUCUCGACGCUCCUUCGCAUGGGCCAGAAGCAUAUCUGGGAGCUGCAUGCCGUGCGCGAGCAGCUGCAUAAGCGCGUGAUGGACCUGGCGGUGAACACUCUUGGGCUCCCGCCGGACCCGGAGACGUACUUCGCGCGCACGGGAGGGAAGGAGAAAGGGCGCGUGCGCGGACGGUGGGCGAGCAAGGCGAAGUAUUUCUCUGUUCGCAGGAGGAGAAAGCGCGACUGGAACGAGACCUUGCGGCUCUACGACCAGGUGGACUACCCCGAGGACGAAUACUGA